UGUUUAAUUAGUUUCAAUAUAGGUCAAAGGUUUUUAGAUUUAAAAUUGCCCGGCGCAUCCACCAUUAUUUUACGCUAGGACUUGAAUUGGUAAUUAUUUGCAUUUCCAAUAAUGUUCCGUUUGGAAGCAAAUGACAGGUUUAGUGUUAAGAAAAAGUCAUAAAUUUUUGGUCUAAAUAUCAAUUUAUGUCGAACUUAAACACCACUGCGCAGAAAUAUUCAGACAGACGAGAAGAAAGAGAGUGAGGGAGUCAGUUAUCGUCCAGCUCUAAUCCGAGCAACACUGAGGUUUUUUUGAUCUACUUAAUAGAAAAAUAAUUUUAAAUAAGCCAUUAUUAAAGUUAUUUAGUGAUAUAAUUGUGUCUAUUUUUGAUAUUUUAUCGUCUAUAAUAAUAAUGGAAUCCUCAAGUGUUGUGCCUCCUCAAAUGUCUUCGAUGCACAUUGAAACGACAAUAAGUAACCGUUUUGCCAAAACUUUAGUCACAAGUAAAAUAAAAAAUACAGAAUGCAAUGCUGUGGAGACCACAUUUUCGGUCAUUUUGCCAGAAAAUGCGUUUAUCUCAGAAUUUGAAAUGGAAAUUGGUGGAAAAAUAUUCAAAGCGUACGUGAAAAAGAAAGUUGAGGCUAAAAAAAUCUAUACUAAGGCUGUUUCAAAAGGGUUUAGUGCUGCUUUUGUCGAACUAGACGUUCGCGAUUCGAAAAAAUUCACCGUUUCGGUGAAUAUUGAACCGUCGAGUGAAACCAUCUUCAGACUCACGUACGAGGAGCUUUUGCAACGCCAGAAUGGCCAAUACGAACUUAUUAUUAACGUACAUCCGGGACAAAUCGUUCAUGAUCUCUGUGUGGAAGUAAAAAUUGACGAAACGCGCCCUUUGACCUUUGUCAAAACUCCUUCGUUACGUACAGGGAAUGAGAUAAGUGACGAUAAGCCCGAAUUGGAUCCUUGUGCCAAAACAGAAAUGAUUAAUGCGAAUUCGGCCAAAGUUAAAUUCAAUCCGGACAAAGAGCAGCAGAAAAAAUAUGCAGAGCUGCUCGGGAGUAAAGAUGAGGGGCUUGCGGGCCAAUUUGUUGUGCAGUAUGACGUAGAAAGGGACCCAAAAGGGGGCGAAGUUUUGUUACGUGACGGUUAUUUCGUCCAUUUUUUCGCCCCAAGUGGGCUACAAACGCUCCCAAAACAUGUAGUUUUUGUUUUGGAUUAUAGCGCAAGUAUGGAGGGGCGCAAACACGAACAAUUAAUGCAAGCAAUGGAUAAAAUUUUGUCCGAUUUAAACCCCGAUGAUUUAUUUCAUAUUGUACGAUUCUCCGUCAUUGUUUCAGUCUGGAAUUUUGAGAAAAAUAGGUUUGAUCAAAUCAAAUUCGCUCAAAAGCCUGAAUAUGAAAAUCUUGAUUCGUUUCUAGCGGAGUUAAAUUUAGGAGAAGCGAUUCAAGUGACUGAAGACAAUAUUGAAAAAGCUAAAAAAAGCAAACGCCAUGUUGUGGGCAUGGGGUGCACUAAUAUCAUCGGGGGAUUGGUAGUUGGUCUGUUUUUAGUUCGACGAACUUUAGAAAAGAAUUACGAGAAAAAUGUUGCGCUUAAACACCAACCAAUGAUUAUUUUCCUCACCGAUGGUUUACCAAAUGUUGGUAUAAGUAACCCGGACGAAAUUACCAAACUUGUGACUAAAAUUAAUCAAGGGACAAACAGGGCUGCAAUUUUCUCCCUGUCUUUCGGUGAAGACGCCGAUAAAAAUUUCUUGAAAAAAUUGUCGGCCCAAAAUUUGGGCUUUUCGAGGCAUAUUUACGAAGCAGCUGAUGCCGCCCUCCAAUUACAAAAUUUCUACCGCACUGUUUCCUCCCCUUUGCUGCGAGACGUCCGAUUUAAAUACGUCGACAAAGUCUCAGAAGUGACCCGAAUUGAUUUCCCGAUUUUUUUCCUUGGUUCGGAAUUUGUGAUAGCCGGACGAUGCGGAGACACACAACCUUUGAGACACGUUGAAGCUUUUUGUACCAACGGUUGUAUCGAAUUUGAAACAGACGAGACCGAAAGUGACGUGUCUCUAGAGCGACUUUGGGCCUAUUUAACCGUCAAACAAUUGCUAGACGAGGCAGAAACGUCCGAAAAUGGCACUGAAUUAACCAAAAAAGCGCUCGAUUUGGCCUUGAAAUAUUCUUUCGUGACUUCAGUCACGUCUUUGGUUGUUGUAAAACCGCAAGAAAAUGAUUUAUACGAUUACGAAAAUACUCAAAACGAAGCUUUAGAAUUGGCUGAUGGUCGUUCACGUGUGUUAGUUUGUUCAUCACGAGCAGCAGACCUUAUGCUGGGUAGGGGUGUUUCAAGCCAACAUCGAGCUCUAAAAUUUAGUGGCAAAACGUCACCUCUCCAUCGGUUGUAUAGUCACUGUAAAUCUCACGUUUUCGUGGCGCCUGAAUUAUCAAACUUGAAUGUGUCUUCUGGAAUACGCAAAGUCUUUACCGGUUUCAAACACAAGGACGAGAUAACACAGUUUAAAACUUGGGUGAACACCACUCAGCCACAUUUGCCGCAAAUUAACGGCACGCAAGCAAGUUUGUUUUUACACUGUUGUGACUAUAAUGAAGACUUGGCCAAAGAUUUGGUUGAUUCCUAUUUUACGAUUCGGACUUUGUGUCCUGAAUUUUUUACAGACAGGGAUGUUACAAAAUCGCCCCUUAAGGAAAGUUUAGAUGUUGCACUUAUCACUUUCCUGUCUGAAAAGACACCAACUGGUGAGGGAAUUAUUUUGGUGAAAUUGUUGGACCCAAACUUGGAUAAUUUCAAUUUUGCCGCAAUGGUUAAAUAUUUCGAUAUGGUUUGCACUCUCCACUUAAAUCAGGCACAAGUGUCUGGAGAGUAUUUAAUGAUUUUGGAUUUGGAAGGUUUGACUGUGAAUCAUUUAAGCAAACUUGUUGAGACUUCACUUAAAAAAUUCCUGUGGUACGUUCAAGAGGCCAUUCCUCUGAAAAUAAAAGGGAUACACUGCUUACACGUUGAUUCGCUCAUUGAUGACAUAAUGGCCCUAAUCAAGCCAUUGAUAAAGAGCGAAAAUGUCUUUAAGCUUUAUUUUCCUAGUAGUGUACAAGGCUUAAUCAAAGAUUUAUCGGCGGAAUAUGGGGGUUUACAUGACGAAAUUAAGAAGAAGUUGCGUGACAAUUUUUGGUUUUUUGAAACCGAACAAAUGCAAAGAGUUGACGAAACCAAGAGGCUUGGGCCCCCUAAAAUAACAAUCGAUGCUUUUAAUUGAUUUUUACAAGAAAUAAAACUUUAUUUUUCGUUGCCAA